CUCUAGGAACCCUGGAGCUGGUCGACGGAAUCCGUCCGAGCCCUUUCUCAGGUGAACCAACCCCGGAAGCAGAGCCUCUUGUGGGGCGCUCACAUCCGGGUUAUGCACAUCCGGGAGCCGAACCCAGGGCAGUUUCUUCAGGAUGGCGGGAGAGUGGAGUAGCCUAUUAGAAAGGGCAGCCGCGUCUGAGGACCAGCCAUGCUGAGGACCCAAAGCCUGUGACCGCUCCAUCUCCUUCCAGCUGAGGCCAGUCACCAUCCUCAGCAGCUGACAUCACAAGAAAGACUUGGGCACCUCAGGGAAGUACUCAAGGGAUCCUUUCCCUGAGACGUGGAGCAUCUGAGAAUGCUGAGGGCCCUCCUCUCUGGCCUGGGAUGGAGGAAAGGCAUUUGGGGGUGCGCCUUCAGCUCAUGGCAACCCCAUCAGCCUCCAGCUGGGUUGAGUGCCACCAAAGUGGUCAGCCACUGGACAGCGGUUUUUGAGGAGAAGGGCAUCCCUGAGGCCCGGGAAUCCAGUGAGUACAUCGUGGCUCAUGUCCUUGGAGCCAAAACAUUUCAGAGCCUGAGGCCAGGACAGUGGACCCAACCCCUAACCCCUUGGCAGCUACAGUGUAUCCAGGAGCUGAGUAGCUACCGAUUGCAAAGGAUGCCUGUGCAGUACAUCCUUGGUGAAUGGGACUUUCAGGGUCUCAAUCUGAAGAUGGCACCCCCAGUUUUCAUCCCUAGGCCAGAAACAGAGGAGCUGGUUGAAUGGGUGCUGGAGGAAGUGACCCAAGGACCCCGUGUGGUGGGAGCUGAAGGCGGCCCCCUUAUCUUGGAGGUGGGCUGUGGAUCAGGAGCCAUCUCCCUCAGCCUGCUGAGUAGGCUUCCCCAGAGCCGAGUCACUGCUGUGGAUAAGGGAGAAGCCGCCAUCUGCCUGACCCAUGAGAAUGCUCAGAGGCUUCGGUUGCAGGACAGGAUUCAGAUCGUCCCCUUUGAUGUGACCUUAGUGGAGAGCUGGGCACACCUUCUACCCUGGGGCCCUGUGGACCUGGUCGUCAGCAACCCUCCCUACGUCUUCCACCGGGACAUGGAGAAGCUGGCUCCUGAGAUCCUCAGAUAUGAAGACCCAGUAGCCCUGGAUGGUGGUGAGGAGGGCAUGGACAUCAUUACCCACAUCCUGGCCCUGGCUCCUCAGCUUCUGAAGUACUCUGGAAGCAUCUUCUUGGAAGUGGACCCACGACACCCAGAGCUCGUUGGCAGCUGGCUUCAGAGCCAGCCUGACCUGUCCCUCAAUGUUGUGGCUGUGCGCAGGGACUUCUGUGGGAGGCCGCGGUUCCUACAUAUCAGGAGGUCUGGGCCACAGCAUGGUUCCCCUGUGGAUGCCUGGCCAGGGCGCCAACCUGCCAGAGUGCCUGGCUGACAUUUCUAUCAGGAAUGCUACUUGGAGGGAGGUAGAUGGUGCUGUCCAGAACCCCAGAUGCUUGUGGCAUUUCCCAUGGCUCUGAGAUUCUCCAUGCUCCGUGAUUUCUAGGAGACUGGGGAAUAGGAGCAAGGGUGGAAGUGUCCUUCCUGGGUCAGCAAAGGGCAAGGGUGCACAAAGACCCACAGUGCAACUCAGGAGCUGAGCAGAUCCAGGUUCCCAGUCUGGCCCCAUCAUGUCAGUGUGGCCAAGGCAGGUUGCUGUGUCUUUAGGGGAAUUGCUCUGGGGAUGUUGGAAGAUAGGCCAAUAAAGUGGCAAGAGACCAGCAA